ACAUACGUGUCUCCGAGGGUGGGUGUCUGGGGCUCGAGCCCAAGGAAGAAAGGCCGACCCGUGUGGGACGCACACGUGGGAGUUCACCGGACAUCUGUGGACACGUGCGUGGCCGGAGUCGCGGUGGCCAGGCGGAGGACGGAGCGGUCGGCUGAGCCCCAGCAGUAGGGCAGGGGCCUGAGCCGGCCUCCGAGCGCAGAGAGCGGCCCCCAACCCGCUUCUCCUUUGUCCUCUGGCCGAGGCAUCGCGCAGUUGGAGUCCCCUUCCGGGACCCUCCAGCCAGCAGGAUAGAAAGCACCGCCCCAAGAGGACGGGGACAGCGGGAGAUUGAAUGGGGAGCCGCCGGCGAGAUUCGGAGCCUCACCCCCAUUGCCUUUCUUGGGGGUAGGAGGAGCCUGGCGGCUUCUUGGGUGGAGGAUUUUACCCCUGCCGAUUCGGAAGCAGCGGUAUCUUCCUGUGGGGUGGUCUCUGCUCUCCUGCUGUCUCCCUGGCUUGCCUGUGGCCUCAGUUUACCUGACUAUGAAGGGGGGACAGUGACGGCUCACAGCCCGGGGCCCGGCUGGGGCUGCAGGGUUUCUAUAGCAACAUCAGUGCAGGGGGAGGGCCCUGGCCAGCUGUCUCAUAAGCCAGGGGUGGGAACUGCCGAGUGAGGACAGAGAAAGGCGGGGUUGGCGUUCAGAGGGAACCCCUGCCGGUUCUUCCCCAGGCAGAGCCCCUCACUGUCAUCAUUCUCCACCCAGAAGCUCCUCUCCGCUGCACUGGGUGACGUGCGGGCCCAGGCCUGCCUCUCCGCCCUGGGAUCUCUGGGCCUGCUUCUCUUCUUGGGACGAAUGGCCGCUCCCCACCUUGGUCGGCCUGACUUCCAGGAUUGCCCCUAUCAUGCAGGUGUCCUCAUCCCAGACUGGAGAUAGGCUCCCAGGAGGAAGGGGGUUGCUCAGUCCCUGGAGGGCCAGGGUACACCCCUGGGAGGGACUAGAGUGCAGAUGAAGGGCCCAGGGCAGCCCGGAGAGCUGUGGCCAGUCUGCACCCGAAGAGUGGGGUGGCGGGGGAGGGGGGGCUAGCAGGGAUCAGGUCGAAGUUCAGAGGUCAGCUUGUCACCACCACUGGCUGAGGCAGGGAAAGGCAGGUCUGAUGGUGAAGCCCUGAGUGGGACGGGUGGUGGGGCAGAGGGCUCUGGGCGUGCCAGCUCGUGUGCCCUCUGGACCUGCCAGGUGAGCAGGGCCUGUGGGUGGCACCAGUGGCCUCUGACACCCAGCUAGCUCUUCCCUGUGGACAGCAGGCCUUUUUUUGUGGCCCAGCAUGAGGCUUCCCUGACAUGCAUCUGCCCCUAGCAGACACAGAUCCCACAGACACGAGUGGGUGUUAGCCCAUCUCUGCUCCACAGCACCGGAUUCCCUGUCCAGGACAGAAGUGGCGGUUGCUGACGCCUGGAAAUCCCCCUGAAGGUGGAGCACUACCCAACCCCCCUGGGUCCCACCCUCCCUCAAGGCCUCCUCCACCUCCACCUCCACCCCGCCUGGCCUGGCGUCCACCUCUUCGGCUCCUACCUGGGUGCAAUCGAGUUAAAUGGCUGAUAAGCAGAUCAGCCUGCCAGCCAAGCUCAUCAAUGGCGGCAUCGCCGGGCUGAUCGGUGUCACCUGCGUGUUUCCCAUCGACCUGGCCAAGACCAGGCUGCAGAACCAGCAGAACGGCCAGCGCGUGUACACCAGCAUGUCCGACUGCCUCAUCAAGACCGUCCGCUCCGAGGGCUACUUCGGCAUGUACCGGGGAGCUGCUGUGAACUUGACCCUCGUCACCCCUGAGAAGGCCAUCAAGCUGGCAGCCAACGACUUCUUCCGACAUCAGCUCUCUAAGGACGGGCAGAAGCUGACCCUGCUUAAAGAGAUGCUGGCGGGCUGUGGGGCUGGCACCUGCCAGGUGAUCGUGACCACGCCCAUGGAGAUGCUGAAGAUCCAGCUGCAGGAUGCAGGGCGCAUUGCCGCCCAGAGGAAGAUCCUGGCUGCCCAGGGCCAGCUCUCGGCCCAUGGGGGUGCCCAGCCCUCAGUGGAGGCUCCAGCUGCCCCUCGGCCCACGGCCACCCAGCUGACCCGCGACCUGCUGCGGAGCCGCGGCAUUGCCGGUCUCUACAAGGGACUCGGGGCCACGCUGCUCAGGGAUGUCCCCUUCUCUGUGGUGUACUUCCCGCUCUUUGCCAACCUGAACCAGCUGGGCCGCCCGGCGUCCGAGGAGAAGUCGCCUUUCUACGUGUCCUUCCUGGCCGGCUGUGUGGCUGGGAGUGCCGCCGCUGUGGCCGUCAACCCCUGUGAUGUGGUGAAGACGCGGCUCCAGUCACUUCAGCGAGGCGUCAACGAGGACACCUACUCUGGGAUCCUGGACUGUGCCAGGAAGAUCCUGCGGCACGAGGGCCCCUUGGCCUUCCUGAAGGGCGCCUACUGCCGCGCGCUGGUCAUCGCGCCCCUUUUCGGCAUCGCACAGGUGGUCUACUUCCUGGGCAUCGCGGAGUCCCUGCUGGGGCUGCUGCAGGACCCCCAGGCCUGAGCCCAGCACCUGCUCCACCCCAGCCAGCCGGGCAGGGCCGGUGUGGGGCUGGAGCCAGGCAGCUAGCCCAGGACGGAGCAAGGGAAGACCCCUCCCCAGCCCUCCCGUCGGCAGGGGCAGCAGGGGGCGGGGUGCAGGGUCCACAUAGGUGGUGCACACGCAAGCCCCCCGGGGUGCUGCCUGCACCGUUGGGAUCAAUGUCUUAUUUAUGUAGAAAAUGCAGAAAUCUUUACAUUCCUCAAGCUAGCCCCUGCCCCAAUCCUGCCCUGGCCUGAACACCCCCAGGGACAGAGCUGGUCUCUGGGCUGGGGGCCCCCGGGCCUGGGCCGGGCAGGCUGGACCAUACCCCCAGUCCACCAGCUCCAGUCUCCACAGCCAUCCUGGCCCACACAGGGACCCUGCACAAACCUAUUUAUUGAAUCUGCUGGACCCAAGUGGCUCUCCAGCCCUUCCGUCCUUCCCCAGCCGCUCUUGUCGCCUUGGCAGGACUUGACUCUGCCUCCCUGGCCAGCCUUGCAAGAGGACUGGGGUCUCCUGCCCUCUCUGUUGAGCCAGGAAUCCCAAGUGAGGGGUUGCCCUGGGGUCUGACUCUCAGGGCAAGCCCGCCACCCACUGUGGGACUUUCUGGUGGGCUCCUCAGCUCCCACCCCAGGCUGGGGCCCAGAUUGUGAGGUCUGUGUGCAUGUGUGUGUGUAUGUGUGUGUGUGCAUGCGUGUGUGUGUUAUGGGGACCUGGCCUGGCCCUUGGGGAUGGGGCUGCCGGGGACUGCCCCCCUUCCCGCCGUGGCCAGGCGCUCUGUGUGCUGUGUGUGCCCCAGGCUCUGUUGACCCCGUCCAGGAACUUACUUACCCAGCCUGGUCUCUCCUGAGUCCUCCACCCUGGCCUGGGAUUGGCCAGGGAGCAGGGCGGGCAUUGGGACCAGUGUGGAGCCUGAGGGUGCCUGCCCUGCUCUGGAGGGAGGGCCAGGAGCUGCCGCACCCCCAAGUCCUCUCAGGGCCCACCCUCCUUUUUCAGCCUCUGCAUAAGGCCCCUGGAUACACUGCAGAAGCGCCAUCCUUCCCGCCUCCGGGCAUAAGGCCCCUGACCACACUUCAGAAGCCCCAUCCCCCUGCCACCGGGCGAUCCCUGCUGUGAGCCGAAGCUCUCCCUGCCCCGCCCUGGCCAUGUGAUCGUGUUGGUGACAGACCCUGAUGUGCUGGUGCUGUGCCCCCAAAACCGGGGCCCUCCACAGAGGCCCCUUCCCAGCGACACUACCUGGGGCUCAGGCCUGGACCCCCCCAGUUCACGGUUGCUCCUGGGAGCUGCCCCUCCCGUCACAUCAGAACCUUGGAAGCUGCUGCUGCUGCUUACAGAAUUAUAUUUUUUUCUUUUGAAGAGUUUUAAGAAGUUGUAACUUUUUGUGUCUUGUCAUGUCAGAGGAUAAAUAAAUAUUCUAAGUAGA